AUGGGUUGCGUAUCAAUCGAGCGUUCUUGUGCAGGUGUUAGUGUGUUGGAUAAUGUGUUGGAAGAGAUUCGCAUGGUGCUCGAGUUGAACCAUACUUCGCUGAAUCAAGAUGCCGUGCUUGCGGUCACGUUCCUCGGUCAACUCUACAAUUACAGCGUUUGCGAUUCGCCAAUUAUUUUCAAGACCCUUUAUCAACUGAUAACAUUCGGUGCGUUCGAUGUGCUUUUGGACGAUUGGAAUAAUUUGACUCGAGUCAGACUGGUCUGUGAACUGUUGCUAACGUGUGGUGAAUAUUUCAAUGGUGGUUCGGCAAAGAAGAAACUGGAUUGCUUUCUUGUAUAUUUUUAUCGAUACUUAUGGGCUAAAAAAGAUGCGUAUGCAGCCCGGGAAGUGCCGUUCCCGAAUGAGGUGAUGUUUCGUGUUGAAGAAAUGAUUGAAUAUGUGCGUAAAGGAAGUAAACUUCCGGAGAAUAUGAAAGAAGCACAGCAA